AGAGCCUCCUCAGUAUAUGUGGGGACAGUGUUCGUGCAGGUGUAGUUCGCGAGGAGCUCCCCCUCCCCCCCACUCCCCACGCGCGUGCUCUCUCCCGAACGCCAGUGUGUGAGCUUCGGUUCUUUCUUUUUUAUUUUUUUUUUUUAUUUUGAUAUCAUAUUUGGUUGUUUCUCGUAGUGAUGCAGAGAAGGGAGUGAAUUCAGUGCCCCGAGCGAUAAUGCUGACGGCGCUAUCGGGGGGGUAUUACACCUCCCCUACGCGCCCUAUGCCCCCGACGCCCCCUAGGAUCGCCGCUACUGCCGCUGCUGCUGCUGCGUCCAAUGGAAUACCCGCCGGAGGUGGCCCUCUUCCUCCCCCUCUUCUUCCUCCUCUCACGCCCUCGUCCUCCUCUUCAUCUUCCCCUCGGUCGCUGCUGCCCCAGCUGCAAUACUGCGACACUUGCAACACCGCCUGUGUUUUCAUGAACGGCAAGAGACGCAAGUUCCAGGCGCGCUAUGAGGGCUACGUCCUGGUCAAGAGGGUCCCCACCAGGCCCUACCUUCCUUACGUCAUGGCCGCUGGGCAGCAGCAGCAGCUUGUGCAGCAGCCUCAACAGCAGCAGCAACAGCAGCAGAACCCCGCUUACCUGCGGAGACACUCUUGCGGGGGCAUGCUCGACGAGGACGGAGUAGACCCCCUCGAAGGGGAAGCUGGUGGUUCCUCUUCCUACGACGCCUCCUCCUCCUCCUCCUCCUCCUCUCCUCCAGGGGGCGAGAAUCAUCAUCAUCAUCAUCAUCACCAUCAUCAUCAUCAAACUCCCGAGAGCGUCUCUCCGCCCGCCGCCCCCGCCUCCUCUGCUUCGUACGGCAGGUCGUUGUCGCACUCUCCCGAGUGGCGGCAGGACGACACGACGACCACCCCCUCCCCCUCCCCGCUGCCCACCCCUCCGCCGCUGACACCUCCGACGUCGGGGUGGGAGAAGGUGAUGAACGUUGACGACGACGACGACGACGAAGAAGGAAGCGUCGUCAUCAACGGCGCUGCCCUGCCACGCUCUGCCCAACACUCGGCUACAGACCUCCGCGGAGCGGGGGUAGGAGGAGGAGGAGGAGGAGGAGGGAGAGAAUCCUCCGGCGGGGGAGGAGAAUCCUCCGGAGGGGGGCGCAAACCCCGCAGGCAUUCGGCCAUGAUGGAGAGGCUGAGCGGUGGCCACCAGCGCCUCUGCCGCAAGAAGUCGCGGUCGCAGGACAACCUGGUCGGGGGGCGCCGCGGGAGCGGCUGCUUGGGAGGAGGGGGCGGAGGCCCCCUCCGACUGAACAACAGCGUGAUCCCGCCCCCUUCCUCCCUGACGUCAGCCCUCUCGCGCUCCGAGGGCAGCAUCCACAACGUGCACGCCGUGCUGACGGCGGUGCCCAUCACGGUGGACGACGUUGACGUGGGCUUCGGGGCGAUUCGGGCGGAGGUGGGCGAGUUGGCCCGCCUGCCCAAGAGGCUCCUGCAUAGGGUGACGGGCGAGGUGGGUCAGCUGGUCUUCGACCUGGAAGGCUGGAGGGAGGAGUACCUCCUGCUGACGCACACGGCCAUCGCUACGAGGACGGCCAACGGGUUCACUGAGGGCAUCGUCCCAUACUCCCAGAUCGAGGACGUUCACGUCGUGGUGCCUUGUGGGACUUCUGGACACAAGUUCUGCGUCAGGGUCGUCGUCAGGGAUGGGGCCCUCCUCCUGCAGGCCACUAAUUCCUACGCUCGCGAUCAGUGGUUGCAUUCUAUAAUCUGGAAGAAAAACGUGUAUAAAUACCGCAACGUACUGAGGACUGCCAAAAGACCGGAGGUUCUUUUGAAAGAGUUGAAAAAUCUGGUCGAGUUAUCGCUGGCGACGCCGCUGCACGACCACACAGUCUGUCGUGUACCUCUGGAAUUGGCAUCUUCAAUCCUCACUACGGGCGAGAAAUGGCUCAGCCGGCAGAUGACGGAGGAGAUCAUCGUGACUCUGGCACCCCUGCUAGAGAACAACCAACCCUCGCCCGAGAUCUGUCAGUUCUUCAGUCAACACUGCACGGACAAUCCGAGGUCCUGUCUCGUCAUAGACAUGUUCACGCCCAUCAUCAAACGCAUCCUCAAGCACAAUGUGGACUUCGGCAAGUACCCCUACGUCAGAAGAUUCGUGCAGAACUACAUCCAGGCCCUCAAUAGCCAGAACGACGGGCGCAGGGUCGUGCACCAGUUCGUGGACAGCAUGCACGGCCCGACCAGCACGUGCCCACACCUGCGCGUGCUGCCCAAUCUGGUGUCCGUGUGCACGGCGGCCGUCUGCGGUCUCCUGGAGGACCACAGGAGUCAGGAGAGACUGAACACCUUGCACCACCACUCGAAUGAGGACACUGCGCAGCACUUGAACUGUUAUCUCAGCGUCCUUUCAAAAAUAUGUGAAUACGACGAUUGGAGACCUGGUUUAGCCCAACUUCUUCAGCCAAUCCCUUUCCCAGACGUAGCUUUAGCCGACGAAGAAUUUAUCAGACAAAUCAUGCCCGUAGUGGAGAUGAUAGGGACGGACCCGCGUUGUGACGUCCAUCAGAUGGUGCUGGGUACCCGGGAGGACAAAGAAGGUUGGCUCAGCGUCAUCUGCCCUUCUUCUCUGGCCUGCGUGGACGAAGGGUCAGCCUGGGCCGCUAUUUUGCAGACGCUUAUCAGUUGCUGUUGCAAGAGAAAGAAGUUCCUAGGAUCGCUCGUCAAGUCUCUUGGUGCCUGCAUGCUUUUGGCCCUUAGGGGAAAUAUCACUGCUCAGGAUGUUCUGUGUCUCAUGUUGGAGUGGGAGUUGAUAGACGGAGCCGACCAAAGCCUCCAGGUCGUCACCACCCUACAGUCGACGCCUACAGGCAAGAGACGGUAUCAGGCUCUGUGUGACCACCAGAUGCAUCUCAGGGAAUUGCAACAGAAGGGUGGCCCUAGAAAACUGACGCUGCCGAGUAGGAGCACCGACGCCGACGUGAACCGCAUGCUCUCUUCCGGAUCCUUCGGGAACCUUGAGUGUCUCUCCUUGGCAUUCACGAGAGUCACCAGCGCCUGCGCCGAGCAGUUGAUCAAGCUGCCCACUCUCCGCUACCUCAAUCUAUGGGCUACACAGUUUGGUGACGUAGGAUUGCAGCUAAUAUCGGAGCACCUACACAAGUUGCAAGUGCUGAAUCUGUGUGAAACACCAGUGACCGACAAAGGCCUUGGUUCUUUAGCAGCAAUCAAGAGCCUAAGAAAACUGAACUUGAAUAGUACAAGCUUAUCUGUGGAGACUUUUGAAACACUGAAGGAGAUGCUGCCAGGCCUACAGGAAGUGGAUGUCCGCUACACUGAUGCCUGGUGACCCUCGCCUCCCUCUGCUGACACUCAGGAUGUUAGCAGAUCGACCACCGGACCCACCACCUUCCUCAGAAGGGUUCUGAGCCAGCUGGGGCGUCGCAGGCGAGACAGAGACCGGAAGUCCGACGACUCUCUGCCCAGCGAAGAGAAGAACAACAGCCGGAGGGACUUCAUGUGUCUGCCCAAGUUCGACGGACGGGUCCUGUCCAAAAGGAACCAGCUGGUGAGGGCGAAGAGUGAGGAGCAGAACACUGUGAAAAGAAACCCGCUUGUGAGGGCUGUCAGUGAAGACCACACCAGACACUUCUUGGUGAGGUCCUGGAACCGGGAGCAGAGUAGUACUACUACUCUGGUCAAAAACGUCCUGGUGAGGACCUGCAGUGACGAGAGGGGCGUCGUGAAGAAAAAUGCCCUUGUCAGGGCGAACAGCGAAGGACGGACUGAUAAGAUCAAUAACAUACUCAAUGAAAGUAGAAAUUCCUUUGUCCUGGGAGGGUUGGGAGGUUUGGUAGGAGGAGGAAGAGGAGGAGGAGGAGGAGGGGGAGGUGGUAGUAGUGCUGGUAUGGGUGGUGGAGUAGGGUCUGGAGGAGCGGGAUUGGAAGAGGAAGGAGAGGCAAACAGAGUUGAAACGACAGAGGAAGAGACCAGUGAAUCUAGCCUUGACCGAGUGCGCUAUGAGCUGUAGCGACGACAGACAGACAGACACGCCUCCUGCAUCUCAAAUCUUUAAAAGAAACAUUUUGGCUGCAAAUUAUUUUUAUGAAACGUGUAAAAGCUAACUUGCGGAAAACAGCAAUCGUUGUACUGUAGAUAUUUAACCCAGUCAGUGUGUCAAAUAUGAAUAAGGGCGCCGUGGAGAUUUUUUUUGUUUCCACGGGCCUGUACUUGUGUGUGUGUGAGUGCGACUUCCCUUGAAAGUGCGGAGGCAACGCGAAAGUGAACAAAUUUUCGUGGUGAAUGUCAUUAUGAAUGUCUUUUCUAUGCAUAUUGUCAUCAUAUUUAUUUCGUGGCCAUUUUACUCGGCACCGGCAAAUGUGUAUUUACUAUCCGUUCUUCUGUUAGUGGUACGUGUAGAGAGAAACUGUACGUUCUAAGGAAAGGGGUCGAGGAUUUGGGUCGGAUAGAGUAGCUGAUUAAGUCUCAGUGUUUGUGUCAGGUCCCCUCCGGGAUUAUUAUCUUCUGAACAGUCGCUCAUUUCUGCUUUGGUUCCUUCUCUUGGCGUCACGACGCCUGGUUAAAGCAGCGGGGAAAAUGAAGGCGUCUGUAUUUGUUCAUCUAUCUCUCUUCUUUUCAUUGGUUUGUAAUGGAGAUUCUUCACCGUGGUUCUAUUCAAAAACGUUACCAGGUUUUACUGAGUCAAGUGUGGCUAUAGCAGAUUCGCAUCAACCGCGCAUCUGAUGUCUAGGCCAGUUCCUUAGGACGCUCCUGAUUGGCUGUUGAUAAGCCAACCACAGGGCUGGAAACUCUCGGUCUCUCUCGAGAGCUCACAUAGGUAGGAUGUAUAUUCCACCCCUCCUGAGGGAUAAGUCGUUCAAAAGUAUCCCCCAAGGAGAGUGGUACAUACAUCCUGCCUAUGUAAACUCUCGAGAGAGACUGAGAGUUUCCAGCCCUGUGGUUGGCUUAUCAACAGCCAAUCAGGAGCAUCGUAAGGGACUGGCCUAGACACCAAAUGCACGGGUGGUGUGAAUCUACUAUAGUAUGUAUAGGGUUUAAUGCUUUACCACCUGAUGCACCACCGCUUUACCGUCUAGUACAACGUGUACAUACGAUGUACAUACGACAACUUUCUACCCAGUGUAAAUUUUUAUAGAAUGCGGUAUAUGGCUAUCAUUUUUUCCGAAAGAACAAGACAUAGAUAAGCUACGAGUCACUCUACAUAUCAUUUUAUCCCCCCAGAAAGAGGUGCCAUGGCAGAGGUACUAUAUCUUGAACAGAGAAGUCAACGUUUUUUUUUUUUUACUUUCGUUUUGGAGUUUAAAGACUUAAAAUCAGGAUUCGCCUCAUUAAAGAAAAUGUUUUCGUGUGUGUGUGUGUUUGUGUGUCUGUCCAGUCGAAGGGCAGCAUAUGUGUACACACCCACCAGUAUAUAUUACACUUCACACAACACCGGAUCAGUAUUGUCCUGAAUUUCGUGGCCAAAAAAAAAGUAUUAAAACUGUGAAAUGAGAAGAAUUUGAGAUUCCAGAGAAAGGAAGUGAGUAUGCUGAAUUAUUAAAUAUCUUUUUUUUUUGGGGGGGGCGACUUUUUCUAAGCUUGUUGUGUGAAACAGGAAUUUUUAUACAUAUAAAUGUUCAUCAAGAGAACUCCGCUCGUUUCCGUAAGAUGCCAUUUUUUUUUUUUUUUUGCAAAUCUCUCGAGAAUUUUCUGUCAUGGGGACCUUGGCAUGACUUAAAAAUACAGUGUUUUACAUUUACUUGCUCCAUACAACCACAUGGGUUUGCAAGUAUAUGUAUGUCUUCAUUUCUGACCCAUCGCCAGAGUUUGACAUAUGAUGCCAUCUGCCAUUUCGCAAAGCUUUAUUACAUGGAGAUCUUAGGCCUUUUUAUCCUCUCUCUCUCUCUCUCUCUCUCUAUUUAUUAUUGCUUCUUAAGUUUAGCAAAGUUGUUACCAAAGUUAUUUUUGGGGGGAGAGGGGGAAGGGGGGGAAUGGGGUGAGGGAGUAUGUUCCUGAAAUACCAAGUCUAUGUUGUAGUGGUAAUUUGUCCAGUUUCUUUUUUCAUAUAAAUAUAUUUCUGUGAUUCUUUAGAACUAUUUGCUAAGGACACUUGGUUUCAUAGUCUUUCCCAGACCCGAAGUAAAAGAGGUUAAUCACAACUAAUCCAGCAGUGGUUAAUCACAGCAUAUACAAAGGAGAUUAUUCACAUCCAAUCCAGAGGUGGUUAAUCACAACCAAAUUAAAGGUCGUUAAUCACAGUAAAUAUAAAGGAGGUAAAUCACAGUACAUACAAAUUAGGUUAACCACAGCAAAUCCAGAGGAGGUUAAUCACAGCAAAUACAAAGGAGGUUAAUCACAGCGAAUCCAGAGGAGGUUAAUCUCAGCUAAUCCAAAGGAGGUUAAUUACAGCAAAUUCAGAGGUGGUUAUUCUCAGCAAAUCCAGACGAGGUUAUUCACAUUAAAUCAAGAGGAAGUUAAUCUCAGCUAAUCCAAAGGAGGUUAAUCUCAGCAAAUCCAGAGGAGGAUAAUCACAGCAAUCCAGAGGAGGUUAAUCUCAGCUAAUCCAAAGGAGGUUAACCACAGCAAAUCCAGAGGAGAUUAAUCACAGCAAAUACAAAGGAGGUUAAUCUCAGCUAAUCCAAAGGAGGUUAACCACAGCAAAUCCAAAGUUGGGCAAUCACAACAAAUACAAAGGAGGUUAAUCAUAGCUAAUCCAAAGGAGGUUAAUCACGGUAAAUACAAAGGAGGCUAAUCACAGCACAUACAAAGGAGGUUGCUUGAUCAUAGCUAAUCCAAAGGAGGUUAAUCACAGCAAAUCCAGAGGAGGUUAAUCACAGCAAACACAAAGGUGGUUAACCACAACAAAUACAAAGGAGGUUAAUCUCAGCUAAUCCAAAGGAAGUUAAUCACAGCAUCCUUAUAACACAGAAAUCAUCACCCAUCCCUUCACUUGCGUCAUUGCAAGUGUAUUAAGGGCGAUGCAAUAUACAUUCGAUUGCUUUUAUUCAAAGUCAAUACUUUUUGUGAUCCAAAUGAACAUACUGCUGAGGGUAUUAUUAUUAUUAUUAUUAUUAUGAUUAUUAUUUUUACUGUAGUCAGCCUAGUCUUUAAUAUUAGUAGGUUAAGGCAAAUGACGAUCCUUGUACCGAGCUGUUUUAUAUUCUUACGAAAACCAGGAAGGACGUUUUCAACAUUGAACAUUUUUCUAGACUUCUCCACUCCUGAACUUUUAAUAUUAUAUAUAUAUAUAUAUAUAUAUAUCUAUAUAUAUAUAUAUAUAGAUAUAUAUUAAAAAGAUUGUAUAAGAUGGAGGUAAAUUUUUCCUUUUUUUUUUCUUUUUUAUUCACAGUUCAUAAUCUUCUUCUAGAGACCCACUUUCCCUCCUUUAUGUUGUUGAGUGUCUCAACGCUACAGAUAGGAGUGCCAUGCCUUUCAUAAUUAUAAUCGUUCAUACAUUUUAUGUGAACGCGUUGCUUGUAUUAAAAAAAAAGAAAAAAAGAGAACAGACUUUAUUGACUUUCUUAGUCUAUGUUGUCAACCAAAUUACGUGUCAUAUUUAAGUCAUAUUAUCAAGUAUUUAUAUAUGCUCUUUAGCUGGUAAUGCCGUGAUGUCACGUGACGUCACUGUCGAAGUUUAUGUUGCGUCAUCAUGAAGUAUAAACAAGUGAGGAGUUCUGAUAUCAGUUUGCGUACUAGUCGGAUAAUAGCAAUUAAGAAAGAUGCCUUUUUGAGGGUAUGGUGUGGGGUAGGGUUGAGGGGAGUAGGGGAGGGGGAGGGGUAAAUACCAUGUAGUACUUUAUAGCUCAGAAGAAACUAAAACAAUCUGGAACUAAUCGAUCUUAGCAAAUUCGAUAUUUGCACACGUUAAGAUAUUUUUUAUUCUGCCGAUUUUCUUAACAGAGUAUACUAAUACACAUUCAUGGACAUAAGCACAUUUUUUUUAAUUCACAUUCCUCCUCCGGUAACAUUUAACUAGUUAUUUGUACGUGAAUAUGAAUAUAUAUACUUUCGUCUCUUUUUUUUCAGGAUAUAUAUUCUGGUCAGAGACGUAUGUAUAUAUGUAUAUAUAUAUAUAUAUAUUAUAUAUAUAUAUAUAUAUAUAUAUAUAUAUUAACCAAUAUUCCAAUAAUAAGUGCCAUAUGCAAGUCAUUUGCAGUUACAGUCGCUCUAGCCAGUAUUAAAUCCCAUGUGGUAUUCUGAUAAUGAUAAUUUACCGAUGAUAAUAUCGUUCAUUAUGCUACUGAGAACGGUUGCAAAAUUGUUUGUUAUAAUAUAUAUAUAUAUAUAUAUAUCUAUAUAUAUAUAUAUAU